AUGACGACCUUGACAGACCCAACCAACGCCACCCGCGCAACCCCCAACAUCCCCAUCGACAAAGCGACUCUCCACCUCGGCAGCUCAACCUUCAUAAACGCCCCCUCCCAAGAAGUCUGGGCCGCCCUAACGGACACCUCAACCUGGCCAAGCUGGAACACCUUCGUGCCACGUGUAACCGUCCGCUCCCAGCCAACCCCAGACCCAUCUCCAUCCACCUCCGCACCGGACCCAGCACCAGCAUCAACAUCCACACCAACCACCCAAUCGACAAGUACAAACCUAUCCCCAAUCCUCCAAAAAGGCACAAAGUUUACCUUCCACGUCCGCAUGGACACAACCUCCACCAAGCCCCAGCCCUCAACAGACGUGCACCUCCUCAUCAGCGAAUUCAGAGCGCCGAACGCGGAGACCGGCGAGGUCGGCCGUAUUGUUUGGUGCUUUGACCCCGAAGCGCCUGGUUCAUAUUCGCCAUCACUUUUGAUGGCGGAGCGCGUGCAUGAGAUUACGGCUGUUGAGGGCGGAACGGAAGUGCGUAAUUGGGAGGCGCAGGUUGGGUGGUUGGUUUAUGUAGUGCGGUGGAUGUAUAAGGCUAAGCUACAGGCGAAUUUUGAGAUGUGGGUUGCUGAUUUGAAGGGAUUUGUUGAGGGGAGGCAGUAA